AGUCUUUCUUCUUGUUCUCUCUUAAUCCAUUGCAUGUAUAGUUCACCGCUAUGCUUUAGAAUAUUUUCUUGUUUAAGAACCUGGAUUCCUUUGAAUUAUUUAUUGAAGUAGUUGAGCAGGCAAUGUUUAUCUGUGUCUUGUAAGAAGGUUGUCACUAAAUACAAACUUUUGGAUAACCAUUUAAUAAAAAGGGUCAGGACUUUCAUGUCAGCUAACCUGGAACUGAAUAAAAACAGUCAAGCCUUUCAUGUCAGCAAACUCAGAUUCUAGAUAAAUUGAAUUUAUGUCUGCUAAUUUAGGGGUGUUAUGUAAGUCGGGUUAACAAAUUUCGAUGUUACUCAACUGUAGGCUUUUUACAUAAUGGUUACCAUUGUUUCAUUUAUUAAAUUUUGAUAACUGAUUUUUCAUUUUUAUAUUAAUUGAAGGUUAUUUAGGAAUUCAGGUUAAAAUUUACUUAUGUGGCAACAAAAAUUUGUGUGAUAAUCCAAUGUGUUGCCACAUAAACAAUUAUUGGCACAAAUUGCUAUAGUAACCUCCUGUUGAUGUAAAAGAUUUUUACUUCAUUAACCGAAGAAAACUUUAACCCAUGUAAGUCUUUUGGACUUCAUAAGAAUUCUAUAAAUGAAUCUGCCGAUUUAAUGCACUCAUACUAGUCAUUUCUACCCUUCACAAGGUCUAAAAAAGUUUUCUUCCAUGGCUAAAUCUCUGUGGCCUUAUGCUUUUGCCGCUUCGAUUUUACUUGUUUCACUUAUGCCUAGUUCCACCUCUAAUCAUCACCAUGGACUGAAGUGUCUUCAUUUUGCACUCUACCAACAGGAGACUGUCAACAAAACUGGAUACAUCAUAGUGAAUGGUAUUGCAGGAGCUCACAUCAGUCAAAUCGCGCUGCCUUUUGGCACUAUAUUUGUUUUUCAAGAUCUCAUGACGAUUUCACCCAACCCAUCUUCCAAAGUUGUCGGUGUUGCAGAAGGAAUAUCAACGACUUCUAGUCUCAGCGGACUCACCAGCGUUUCUACCGCUAAGGUGACUCUACGUCUCAAGCACCACAAAGGGUCAAUCACCAUCGUUGGCGGCACGCACAAUGUCAAGGCGGCUGAUCAUCCUGUUGUUGGAGGCACUGGUGACUUUUUAUUUGUACAGGGGUAUGUAACAUCGUCUCCGGUCGAUCUCAUUGGCCUUACGGUUGUAUACAAAAUCGAAUUUCACCUUUAUUGGCCUCCGUAUGCAAAGCGAGUUCAUCUUGCCUAAAUGCUAGAAGUGUCAUCCAAAUUAAUGUAGCUGCCUAAAUAAUGUUUAAUUUUUGCUCUUUUGCAUUUUAAGCUUGUGAAAUUGGAAAUAACAUUCUAUCUCUAAUGGUACUGUCUGUAAUCUUUGAUAUCAA